UUUAAAUUAAAAAAGUUUUGCACCUACAAAAGAAUUCUGCUGUGCUGUUUUCUCGCCCCACGACCUCCCGGUCAUUCCUCAUGAUUUCUAUAAGGGACUGUGUGUGACUGGGUAUUUAAAGUAUCCAGCAUAAGUCUUCUACAUCAAUAAGAAGUGAUUGGUCAAUUCAAACACAGCUUUUAAUUCUUCUUUAUGACAUUUUAAUCUAAUAGCAGACUACAUGUAACAUGCAGUAGGUACAAAUUAAGCUUGACCUGGUUUUCUAAAUGCUUGCUGAUAUCCGAGGCUGUCACAUCAACAGAUUCCAUUCAUAACUCUUGGCUGGAGUGUUUCGGGGCUUGGUGACACUACUUAAUUCAAGGCAACAAACUGUAAACAAAGUUGAAAUACUCUACAUACCAGUAGCCAUAUAGUAUCUGGUUAUAAGGAGAACUAUAUUGUGAGAACGCUGAAACUUGUUUGGAGCCCAGAUUAUGUUUCUGUUGGGAUUAAAGCGGGACUUGGAAGACAAUCCAGAUUCUACCCAUUGGAUUAUAUCUUUUACAAUCAAGGCUUGGAGAUAUUAUUGAUGGGCAAACAGCUGCAGAUUAACUUUCUCUCUACAAAUCCGAACUUUUAAAUUAUGUGACACUUCAGACUCCGAGGGACGUCCUUUUUUCUUGGGGACAAUUCUCAAAAGUUGUAAUUUCAUGCUGGAUAAAAAGAAAGUGGUGAGAAGAAGGGGAGAUAAUUAUUCACAUUGCGUGUUAAAGGCAGCCAAAGAAAUUACUUGUAGUUACGAUACUUGUACUAAUAAUUAGUGAUCAUGUCCGAUGUUGAACAGACGAGUCCGAUGGUUGAAAAGGACAAGGAACAGGUGCCGGAUGGGGCAGGAAGCACUCCGAAUGACGGGAAAAAAGGACGUUUCAAUAGGCUAAAACGUGUCAAAGUGGGCAAAAAUUUGAAAUCUUGUCACUCCUGGGGGAAAGAGAACCUCCUCCUAGUUCUGACGAUUGGCGGGGUGUUCGCUGGAAUUGUGCUGGGAAUCGGACUCCGAGCCGCCGAGCCGUCCAAGGAAGCCAUCCGACUGAUCGCGUUCCCUGGAGAUAUACUCAUGAGAAUGCUCAAAAUGAUGAUCCUACCUCUCAUCGUGUCCUGCAUGAUUACAGGCUUGACCUCAAUGGAUGUACACUCCAGCGGUAAGAUGGGUUUGCGUGGUGUGGUGUACUACUUCGUGACGACGUUCUUUGCCAUCAUCCUCGGGAUCAUUUUGGUCACGGCAAUCCACCCCGGCGAUAAGUCCAACAUGCCAGAAGAAGAUGAGGAUGCAGAAAAACUUGGAGAUGAUCGCGUCAGCUCUCUGGAUGCCUUCCUCGAUCUCAUUAGAAACAUAUUCCCAGAUAACAUUAUCCAAUCGGGCUUCCAACACAUCAGAACUACUUAUUCCGAUAAAACGGCCAAAAAGAAGAUUUACAUCAAUGUGAUGAAGCAGGAUGCCGAAGAUCUGAACCUUACAGACAGAGUGAACAUGAGCCUGGGCCUGGCACUGAGUGCGAAAUGGCAGGAGCUGGUGAGAAUGAACAAAUCCCACAUGUUCAACUCCACCUCUCUGUAUUACAAGGAGCCGUACCAGUACACCUUUCAGGAGCAGAGUCUCAACAACGGCAUCAAUGUUCUUGGGAUCAUCGGAUUCUUCACAGCCUUUGGGAUGUUGCUGAGCAGGAUGGGAGAGAAAGGAAAACUCAUGAUUGAAUUUUUCUCUAUCCUUAACCACAUCAUUAUGGAGAUGGUUACCAUCAUUAUGUGGUACUCCCCGGUUGGUAUUAUGUUUCUGGUCUGUGGUAAGAUCCUAGACAUCGAGGACCCCAGUGAGAUGAUGCAGCGGCUCGGCAUGUAUAUGUUGACGGUCAUUCUCGGCCUGUUUAUCCACGCUUUCCUCACGCUCUCCCUCGUGUAUUUCUUCACCACAAGGAAAAAUCCCUUCAUUAUACUCCGAGGAGUGCUUCAAGCACUGGUGACCGCGUUUGGGACUGGAUCUAGCUCGGCCACCCUGCCCGUCACAUUCCGCUGUCUGGAGGAGACUCUUCACAUCGACAGCCGCGUGACCCGAUUUAUUCUCCCGAUCGGCGCCACCAUCAACAUGGAUGGAACUGCACUGUAUGAGGCCGUUGGUCCGAUCUUCAUUGCUCAGAUGAAUGAUAUCACUCUCUCCUUCGGACAAAUCGUGGUUGUGAGUGUGACGGCUACCUGUGCCAGUAUAGGAGCUGCCAGUAUUCCUAGCGCUGGACUUAUCACCAUGUUAAUGGUCCUGACCUCAGUGGGACUUCCCACUAAUGACAUCAGUCUCCUCCUGGCUGUUGAUUGGUUCCUUGACAGAAUCAGGACAGCUAUUAAUGUGCUAGGAGACAGUUACGGCGCAGCGAUAGUGGCCCACCUCUCUAAAGAGGAACUGAUGGGACCAGGAACCCACCCAGGGGACCAGGAAUUGGACGUCAUUGAGGAAGAACCAGAAAAGUCCAAUGGAGGGGCUAACGUGUAAUAGGGAACCAGUCAAGACUGAAGAGUGGCAUUAAGAAAGAUAACUGUGUUCAGGGUAAUCAACAGAGGCAAAGCAAGAUAGUGGGCCUCUGAUGAAGAUUCAAUUGUUCAAAAGGUUGAGAUUCAUACAAGACACAUCGAAAGGUCUUCAAAAUUAAAAUUCUAAAAGAGGAGUAUCAACAAUAUACCUGUAUUGAUUUUAAGAUGACACAAAGAUGUCAAAUUUCUAUAUUUUUACUACAAAUUAUCUAUUUUCUUGGCUAUAUAUAUCCAUGAUUAUAGCCCUGUGUUCAGCAAGCUGAACAUUUUUCCCAUUUUAAGCGACAUGUUGUAUUUUUCCUUCUUGUAACAGUCUGUAUAUUUCGUACAUGUGUGUUCUCCGAAGUAAAACCUCCCUUGUGCUGUUAUCAGUAGGUUGCUAUGAGCAUUUUUGGACUAUGUAAAUAUGAGAGAAAUCAGUGAUUUUUAUUCAUAGUACUUUAUUUCCUAUUUCAUGUUAUUCAUGAUUCUUAGCAAGGAAAAAUAUUGCAUGCUUAGUUUUUUUUUUAAUCUGACGAAUUACAUAUGUUUUAAUGAAUUAUCGUCUUCCAGUCGUAUUUGUACAUCACAGUCAUUUUGGAAAUCAUGGAAGCACAUUGUCAAAUUUUAACACACACACAUUUUAUGGAUUCGCUUAUUGAAAUGGUUAGAUGAUGUUUUAUUAAAUGCCUAUUCAAUCUUUACCUUAAGAAUGGGAAUAUAAAGAUUACUAAAUCCCAUGACUUUUCCACAAUAUAUCAACACACGAGGUAUAUAAAAAUUUUAACAUCGAACCAAAGCAUUAAUCCAUGAUUUUCUCAGAAUUUUGUAAGCAUCGGUGGAUACCAAUUUUUGCCGAUCUGUCUAAUUAAUCUCAUGAUAAGCUGUUUGACAUGCAUUUCAAUCACCUGCAUAUUUUGCUCUUAUCACAAGCUGUGACAUAUUUGUACGCAGGAGUGACUCAAAUGUGUUAUCAUUAUACACCCUCGAAUCUCACAGAAAGCAGAAUGGUGCUUGUUCUAAGAGAGACAAAUCACGCAGCAGAUGUUACAGUACUGACAGUUUAUAUUUUAAUGGAAAUACUGUUUUCUGUCACCAAAGAAUCUCCUCCUAAAAUGAUUCAAGCUUUGACUCCAACUGAAAACUGUUGUAUUGAUAGAGAACUUUUACACUGUGGUGGUUGACUUUUCCUGUAUUCUUGUAAUAUAUCUGUGUAAAUCUUAGUGUGUAGUUGCCCACAUGGGAUUAGCUUGUUGCUUGGUGUUUUAGUCAUUUUAGUAUGCACCCCAUCAUGUACCACAGUUUUACUUUUACAUUUUUAGAUGUGUAUUAUUGAAAUUUUACCAAAUAAAGAUGUAUCUUGU